AUGGAUCUCGGCGACGAUUCCCCAUGGGGCGACGUGCCCUCGCAAUCGGUACAAGAUACGCCCAAGCAAGACCAGGACGAAUCCAGCACGCUUCCGCCCACGUCGAACAAGGCAGCCACCAGCUCCACCCCCAGUGCUUCAGCUGCCCAGCGCUCGCCUGCAGCUCGCGGACCGCGCCGGCGACAGUAUGGCACGCAGUCGACGAAGCUCGAAGCCGUAGACGACCCUCUUGGCCCGCUGGGAGCUCCCACGCCGCCCACAGCAACAGAUGUCGGGCCUCCAGCACCGCCGCAGAAGGAGAAUGCUGCAUCGCGGAACAACCGUCCGACCACUGGCGCUUCGACGUCAUCUUCGCUACGCGGUAUGAUGGACUCGGUGGACCUCAACGACGACGAUGACGACGAGCGUGUGCGGUCGCAGGGCCCCAGAGUGCCUCCGCCUGUCCAGGCACCGGCGCACGCAGCACCUCAGCGCCAAGCCCAGCCGAGCGUGAGCGUCGCGCAGGCUGCGAAGCCGACCUUCUCCAUCUAUGUGGGCGACCCGCACAAGGUGGGCGACUUGACAAGCUCGCACACGGAAUACUCCGUCACCACCAAGACCACCUCCAAAGGCUACCGAAACCCCGAGUUCACAGUCUCACGUCGAUACCGCGACUUCCUCUGGUUGUACACCCAACUGCACAACAACAGCCCGGGCGUCAUCAUUCCCCCGCCUCCAGAGAAGCAAUCGCUCGGUCGCUUUGAGGCCGACUUUGUCGAGUCGCGGCGUGCAGCGCUGGAACGUAUGUUGAACAGGAUAGCCGCACACCCCAUACUGCAACACGACAGCGACCUUAAGCUUUUCCUCGAAAGCGAUGCUUUCAACGUGGAUAUCAAGAACAAGGAACGCAAGGACGUUGGCUUGGGCGAGAGCAAGGGCAUGUUCGGCGGUAUGCUCUCCGGCAGCAGUGGCAAGUUCGUUGAGCACGACGAUUGGUUCCAUGAUCGCAAGAUCUACCUUGACGCUUUGGAAAACCAGCUAAGAGCCCUUCUCAAAGCUACCGAUACUGUCGUCAUACAGCGAAAGGGACUUGCGGAGGCUUGCGGUGACUUCUCUGCUUCGUUGCACUCACUGUCUGCUGUUGAACUCUCGCCCGCCCUUUCAGGACCUCUUGACAGCCUCUCGGACAUUCAAAUACGAGUUCGCGAAUUGUACGAGCGUCAGGCCCAGCAAGACGUCCUCACAAUGGGCAUUGUAAUCGAUGAAUACAUCCGUUUGAUCGGCUCAGUGAAGACGGCAUUCCAGCAGCGACAGAAGUCCUUCCACUCAUGGCAUGCGGCUGAGCAAGAGCUGCAGAAGCGGAAGACGAAUCAAGACAAGCUUUUGAGGCAAGGGCGAUCACAACAGGAUCGUCUCAACCAACUCAGCGCAGAUGUCGCCGACGCAGAGCGUAGGGUUCACCAGGCUAGGCUCCUGUUUGAUGACAUGGGUAGACUGAUGCGCAACGAAUUGGAGCGUUUUGAGAGAGAGAAGGUUGAGGACUUCAAAUCUGGCGUGGAGACGUAUCUGGAGAGCGCCGUUGAAGCGCAGAAGGAACUCAUCGAAAUCUGGGAAACAUUCCUUAUGCAACUAGAUACCGAAGAAGGCGAAACGUUCGUUCCUCCAGCUGGUAUAAUCGCAUCUCCCACAGCAGAACAACACGAAUCUUCGAAUGGGCGCGGCAAUGCGCAGGAUGAGGAUGAGGGGUCACGCACGGAUGUUGAGCAGGAAACGGCAGCUUGA